AUGAGAGUCUGUGGAUGUGUCAUUGCUCUGUUGUGUUCUUGCUUCGUCCUCCUUGCGGUUGCACAAGUUACACAUCCUUCUGAAGUCAAUGCAUUGAGAGCAGUUAAGAGCAGUUUAAGUGAUCCUCGGAAGCAUCUCAAGAACUGGAACAAUGGGGAUCCUUGUAAAUCUCAUUGGACUGGAGUGUUUUGUUUUAAUACUGUUGGGGCUGAUGGCUACUUGCACCUUGAGCAACUCCAACUGCUGAACAUGAAUCUCUCAGGAAGCUUAGCACCUGAGCUUGGCCAACUAUCUCACCUUCUAAUAUUAGAUUUCAUGUGGAAUGAAUUAAGUGGCACUAUACCAAAGGAGAUGGGAAACAUGACAUCCUUGAAACUCUUGCUCUUGAGUGGAAACAAAUUAUCCGGUUCUUUACCUGAUGAGCUCGGUUACCUUUCAAAAUUAAAUAUCCUACAAGUUGACCAAAACUUUAUGUCAGGUCCAAUACCAAAAUCAUUUGUUAACUUGGUCAAUGUAAAACAUCUCCACAUGAACAACAACUCCUUCAGUGGUCAAAUUCCGUCUGAACUUUCUAAAGUACCCACUCUUCUUCAUUUGCUUUUUGAUAAUAAUAACUUAUCUGGAUAUCUUCCACCAGAAUUAUCCAACUUACCAAACUUGCGCAUAAUUCAGUUUGAUAACAACAACUUCAGGGGGACUGAGAUUCCAGCUUCUUAUGGAAACCUUUCCCAAUUAAUAAAAAUAAGUCUUAGGAAUUGUAGCUUGCAGGGAGAAAUUCCUGAUUUUAGCAGGAUACCUAGCCUUCUUUAUCUCAAGCUGUCAGAUAACCAGCUUAAUGGAUCUAUUCCUGAGAGUUUCUCUGAUCUUCCUUCACUUCAGAAAUUGUCACUCAAGAAUAAUUUGUUGACGGGUUAUGUCCCUGCUAUAUGGUUGAACAUAUCUUUUAGUGCAAAAGCGAGACUUGCACUUGAUCUACGGAACAAUUCACUGUCGAACAUAUCGGGAGAGCUGAAUCCUCCAGCAAAUGUCACCUUGAGGCUUGAAGGAAAUCCUAUUUGCAAGAAUGCAAGCAUGCAAAAUGCAAGCCAGUUCUGUCGAUCCGAAGCUGGAGGAGAUGGAAUCCCUGAUAGUUCAACAAAUUCAACUCAAAAAAUGACCUGCCCUAGUCAAGCAUGCCCAAUAGAUAAUUUCUACGAAUAUGUCCCAUCUUCCCCAGUGCCAUGCUUUUGUGCAUCACCUAUAAUAGUUGAAUUUCGUCUGAAAAGCCCUAGUUUUUCUUAUCUUAUUCUAUAUAUUCAGAAGUUUGAAAUAUACUUCACUAGAUCUCUCGACUUGAGCCUUUAUCAAUUAUCAAUUGAUUCAUUUGUCUGGCAAGAAGGACCUCGUCUACGGAUGCAUUUGAAGCUUUUCCCUGUGUUCAUUAAUCCCCACUCAAAUACAUUCAACUUUAGUGAGGUUCAUCGAAUUAGAAGAAUUUUAACAUCGUUUGAAAUUCCUCUAACUGAUUUCUUUGGACCUUAUGAGCUUCUCAACUUCACUCUGCUAGGACCUUAUUCAAAUAUGAUCGUUGGGCCACGAAGGAUGGGCAUCAGGAAGGGAAUUUUGGCAGCUAUUAUAACAGGGGCAGUUGCAUCGUUUGUCAUUCUUUCUGCAACUGUCAUGCUUCUGAUCACAAGAUGCUUGAGACACCGGGACAGACCACCUUCUAGGAGACAUUCAUCCUCGAAGAUUACAAUGAAAAUUGAUGGCAUAAAGUCGUUCACUUUCAAAGAAAUGAGACUAGCUACCGGGAAUUUUGAUAGUUCAACUCAACUUGGACGAGGAGCCAUAAAGCGUGCGGGAGAAGGAUCCUUGGAGGGUGAAAAAGAAUUCUUGACCGAGAUAGAACUGUUAUCGAGAUUACAUCACCGAAAUUUGGUCUCUUUGGUGGGAUAUUGUGAUGAAGAAGGGGAGCAGAUGCUGGUUGAGUGCUUCAAUAUGCUGGUUUAUGAGUUCAUGCCCAAUGGUACCUUAAGGGACUGGCUUUGUGGUAUGAAAUUUCCAACAUUCCUGCUUGAGUUUCAUCUAGCUAAUUCUGCAUUGAAAUUUCUUCUUAAGUUCUGUACUUGCUGUGAUAUGACAGUUAAGGCCAAGGGAAGCCUGAGCUUUGGUAUGAGGUUACAGAUUGCAUUGGGUUCAGCUAAAGGCAUUCUUUAUCUCCAUAAUGAGGCAAAUCCUCCCAUAUUACACCGAGACAUUAAAGCCACCAACAUACUUCUGGACUCCAACCUUAUGGCUAAAGUAGCCGAUUUCGGACUCUCACGGCUUGCUCCUCUACAGGAUGAUGAAGGGACCGGACCUUCAUAUGUAUCUACAGCUGUGAGAGGAACACCGGGUUACCUGGAUCCAGAAUACUUUUUGACAAGUAAGUUGACAGACAAAAGCGAUGUCUAUAGCCUUGGGAUUGUGUUUCUGGAGCUCUUGACUGGUGCGCUGCCAAUAUUACAUGGCAAAAACAUUGUUCGUGAGGUGAAUCUAGCUCGUCAGGCCGGGUUGAUGUUCUCCAUUAUAGACAGCAGAAUGGGAUCCUAUCCGUCGGAAUGUGUAGAGAGGUUCCUAACUCUGGCCCUUAGAUGUUGUUGUGAGAAGCAAGAUAAGCGGCCAGCAAUGCUGGAAGUGGUGAGGGAGCUUGAAAACAUAAUCAAAAUCAUGUCGGCAGCUGACACCGUAUUUUCACCAUCUGCUGCCUCAUACAGUGACCAAACACCAACCUCAUCAUCCUACUUGACUAGAGACACAUCCUAUGUGUCCUCCAGUGUUAUAUGA